GUGGGAAUCGUUAGUGUCGUCCGCGGACCGGUCGCCCAUGGCCCAGGCGCCUCGCUCUGGUGGUCUUCUGCCUCCGCUCGCUACCGUGCCCCCGUGUGCGCAAGCCGGGGGCGCUGGGGAGGAGCGAUGGGAAGGAGGGCGGGCGGGCACCGCGAGCGGGAGCAUCUCCUCCUGGCCCGGGACUACGCUCGCCACCUGCAGGCUGCCGUGAGCCUUCUGAGGACCCUAAGUCCUGGCACGCCAUCCCAAGGCCCUGGACGCUUGCCCGAUCUGUGCCGCGACCUGCAGUUGCUCCCUUCCCGAGGGGCAGUUCUGCGAAUCGGGCUUCGGGAGACUCUGGAGCCGCUACUCGCUGCGCGCCCCACUGGAUUGGCCGCUCAGCGCCUGGAUGCUGCCAUCGAGAUGCACCUUCGCGCUCUGGGCCGGGCACCUGCAGGCCCAGAUCUGUCUUCCCGACUAGCCGAGCUGUUGCUGGCACUUCCCUCCUACCACAGGCUGCAGGGGAAAGCCGUGAGCCAGGUCCCAGGGUCGGCGCGCCCUUUCCCCCCUGCCCGUGUGCUCCGCCUCCUGGCGGCAGAGCGGGGUUGCCAGGCGGCUAAGCGGCUGGAAGAGGCGCUCAGAGGAUCCGGCUUGCGGGAGCAGCUCCGCAGGCAGUGCCAUGAGGAGCGGGAGCUGCUACCCGGGCUGCUGGGCCUGAUGGGGGGCGUGGCCGGUGGACUGGGCCUUGGAGGGGCUAGAGCCCUGUGGAGCCAAUAUUGGACCCUGCUGUGGGCAGCCUGUGCUCAGAGUCUGCAUCUAAAUCUAGGACCCUGGAGGGAUCCCAGGGGAGCGGCACAGCAGCUGAGUCAGGCCCUGGGUCAGGCAUCGUUGCCUCAAGAGUGUGAGGAGGAGCUGGCUUCUCUGUGUCACAGACUACGUCAUCAGUCUACUAUCUGGAGCUGGGACCGAGGUUUCUGCCAGGCCUUGGGGUCAGCCCUCGGGAGUCAGAGCAGCCUUCCCUCGUCCUCUUGUACCACUCAACUCUUGCAACAGCUCUUCCCUCCUCUCUUGGAUGCCCUUCAGGAACCCACGUCUGGAUUGACACUCUGUCAGCCUCCAAGUCCUGGACCUGUUGCCCUAGGGCUCUGUACCCUUCAGACCACCUUGCUCUGGCUCCUGGGCAGAGCUCAGCAGCACCUGGCAGCGUGGGCUCCAGGUUCCUUCCUGCUCCUGAUCCAAAAGGACUUACCUCCAUUACUGCAUGAGGCUGAAGCUCUGUCUAGCCUGGCCUCAGAGGGAAGCUCCGUUCUGGAGGCAGAGCAGCAGCUGAGCCGGGAGAUCCAGAAGCUGACUGCACAGAUCCAGCUGCUGCCUGAAGAGUCACUAAGUCUCUUUUUUCAAGAAUGUCACAAACAAGCCACACAGGGCUUCAAGCUGUACAUGCCACAGGGCCGGUACUGGCGGCUUCGUCUCUGUCCUGAACUUCCCAGCGUUCCUAGUGAGUAUGCAGGGUUGGUGGUCCGUACUGUACUGGAGCCUGUGUUGCAAGGACUGCAGGGAUUGCCAUGCCAAGCCCAAGCCCCUGCCCUUGGACAGGCACUGACAGCCAUCCUGGGUGCCUGGCUUGACCAUAUCCUCACCCAUGGGAUCCGGUUCAGCCUGCAGGGAGCGCUGCAGCUCAGACAAGACUUUGAAGUGGUCAGGGAGUUGCUGGAAGAGGAGCAAUGGGGCCUGUCGGAGGAUCUUCGUCAGACUCUGUUUAUGCUCAGUAUCUUCCAACAGCUGGAUGGGGCCCUGCUGUGUUUGUUGCAGCAGCCCCUCCCCAAGCCUCAAAUCCACAGAAGGCCUCCGUGUUGCUGUUCUGGUAAUGAGGUCCAAACCAUGGAAUUGCCUAGCAGCAGCCUCAACAGCCUGGAGAAUUUGGAGCCCUCGUUCAGGCCUGGAACAUCCCCAGCCCAGACAGCUCAGCUGCUACGGACUAUGUGGGGAGGAGGACCUAGCCCUGAGGCGUACCUGGUGGGAAAUCAGCAGGCCUGGCUUGCACUGAGGCAGCACCAGCACUCCCGUUGGCACCUGUCUAUUCUUUCCUGCUUGGGGAUCAGUCCUGACUCCUGAGGAGCCUGGAACCAGAAGGCAGAAGGCAGAGCCUCCCAUCUGUAUGGAAAAGAGACAGACGUUUAGAAAUGCCUAUUAAAGAAGCCUAGAACUGGGAAAUUGAAAGAAAGCAUACCUGAGAACCAUAAGCUAUGAAGAGCCUAGACUUACCAUGCUAAGCAUCUAAGAUCACUCUGGCAUUUGGAAUCCAGAGUAACGGGCAAAACCACAGCCUGGAACCUGAAUGUCACCAUCCGUAAGC